AUGCAGAUAUUAAACCCUCCUCCUACUCCAAUUGUUCCACCCACCACCACUAAUACCAUUAACACCCCUUCUUCUCCUCAUCUGCCUGAGGAUGGAACUUCUUCCCCACCUCUUAGUCCUCCACCAUCCACUCAUGAAGGCCCUCCGAAUCAUCACAUGCACACCAGGUCUAGAAGUGGCAUUGUGAAACCCAUUGAUCGCCUCAAUCUCCAUUCCUCAUCUCUCUCAUAUAUCCCUAGGUCACACAUAAUGGCCUUGAAAGAUCCAAAUUGGCAUAAAGCAAUGAACGAGGAAUACAAUGCUCUUAUUACAAACGGUACUUGGGUCCUUGUCCUACGUCCACCAGGGGUCAAUGUGGUUCGAUCUUUGUGGUUAUUCAAACAGAAGUUUAAUGUUGAUGGUUAUUUAUCUCUCUAUAAAGCGCGAUUAGUAGCAAACGGUCGCAGUCAACAACAGGGAGUCGAUUGUGACGAGACUUUUAGUCCAGUUUCAAACCGCUACUAUCCGUACUGUUCUCAGUCAGGCUAUUUCCAGGCAUUGGCCCAUUCAUCAUCUUGA